AUGUCACAAGACUCGAAAGAUCAGAACCCAAAGCAGCAAACAAUCUCUAAGCCCGCUCCAUGGUCUCCGGGUGAGACUAACAUAAAAUCUUUCUCAGGAUACUCACUACAAUUUACUACCUGGGCUUCUUCCUGUCCGAAAAGUAAGCUGCAUUCCCCUUCUACUAAGUCAGAUACACCUCCAACAACCCCUGCGCCCUCACAAUUGUCACAACCAUCUCAACAAUCACCAAUUAACCCUUCAGCAAAAUCAAACUAA